CUUCUCUCUCCAUCUCUCUCUAUAUAUUUAUAUGUAAAGAAAAAACCAAAUUCUCAUCCCAUUUUCUUCAAAAUCAAAUAGAAAAGAAAAGGCUGAGAAAUUAUGAAGCUUGUUUGGUCACCGGAUAGAGCUUCCAAGGCAUAUAUCGACACAAUCAAAUCAUGCGAAAUCUACGGCGAAUUCGGCGUAGCGGAGCUUCUCUCUGCCAUGGCCGCCGGUUGGAACGCCAAACUCAUCUUCGAGACUUGGUCUGACGGUGGUCCAGUAGCUACAAGCGUCGGCCUCUCCAUCGCCGCCGGACACAGCGGCGGACGCCAUCUCUGCAUCGUCGCCGACGAACGGUCAAGAUCGAAGUACGUGGAAGAGAUAAGGAAGGCCGGGGUCACAUCGCUACCGGAAGUGGUGAUCGGGGACGCAGAGGCGGUGGCGGCGGAGACGGAGGGUGUGGAUUUUCUGGUGGCGGAUUUUAGGGGGAAAGAUUUUGCUAGGGUUUUGAGAGUUGUAAGGGUUAGCGAGAGAGGAGCAGUUUUGGUAUGUAAAAAUGCAUGGGAAAGAACUGUUUUGGGGUUUAGAUGGCAAGGGGUGCUUCGGAGAGGGACACGUGUCGUUAAGUCCGUUUUUUUGCCGGUGGGCCGGGGUUUGGAAAUUGCUCAUAUUGGAAGCGCCGGUGGAAGUUCGAACUCGGCCGUGAUUGGUAGCCGUUGGAUCAAACAUUUCGAUAUACGGUCAGGAGAAGAACACGUGUUUCGUGAAUGAUAUCAAGGAAGCGGAUCAUGGCAGUGGAAGAGAUAUUUCUUUUUCCUUUUCUUUUCUUUUCUUUCUUUCUUUCUUUUUGCUCCUUUUAUUAAAUAUAAUAAAGAUUAAAGAAUGUAGACACGAAUGUAAAUUACUUGUAUUCACGAUUUUGAAAGUGAAACAAUUAGAAUCCAAUCCACCAUAGUAUAUUCCAACUGUUAAUCAAACAAUAUUAGUAUUA